GCAAAACAUACGCGUGUGCCGUGUGCCGUAUCAGCCCACAUGUCCACGUCAGCUGGUUGAUUCUUAAGUUUUCAGAUCUUGCAGAUAAAACUUAAAAAAAAAAAGAAGAAAAAAAAAAGCCCUGACCUAACCUGCAAUGCCUUCGUACCUCUUUGUAAAUUUGUCUUAAGGUACCUAAAAACAGCCGCUCAUUCCUACGUUACCUUACACUCGCUAAGAAACGCCUUACAAAACAAAUAAACAUGGCCCCGGUUCACGAGAGGCCCGGACUAUUCAUUUCCGAACAUCUGCUCCGAAGCGCGAGAGCUGCCGUGGUAGCAGCCGGCCCCGAGGUUGCUAGACUGGCCCGGAGAGAUGUCAUAUCGCCCCGCGAUUUAACCGUUACCAGCGAUGCCCAAAAAGUUACAUUGGGUAUCAUCGCCGUCUAUGUUGUCGUUAUUGCCAUAUUAUGGAAUGUUCCCUAUGUGCGAUGGUCGUUAUGGCCUUUCAAGAUGCUUGUCAUUGCGUUUCAUGAGUUCGGACACGCCAUAACUGCCUGUUGUACAGGUGGCCGUGUCAAAUCCAUCUCACUUGACCCUCGUGAGGGAGGUGUUACACAUAUGGUUGGAGGAAAGAGUGCUAUCACGCUACCUGCUGGUUACCUAGGAUCGUCCCUCAUCGGUGCCCUACUUAUCUUCUGCGGCUUUGACAUCGUCGCAAGCAAGAUCGCCAGUCUAGUUUUAGGCGUGUGCUUCUUACUGACGCUCUGGUGGGGAAAGAGAGAUUGGCUGACAAUCGUAACUAUCUUACUUGCCGUCGGACUCUUGGUGGGCUUCUGGUUCAUUUCUCAUGCCGAGCCGCUAAGAUUCCUGGUGCUCUUCAUCGGCGUGAUGAGCUCGCUGUACAGCGUCUGGGAUAUUUGCGAUGAUUUGAUCCUCCGUAAAGUCAAUAGUUCCGAUGCCAGCGUGUUCGCCGAGCGCUACGGUGGUUCCUCUCAAUGCUGGGGUGUCAUCUGGUCCAUUAUUUCAGUUUGUUUUAUGGCUGCCGGAAUCAUUGCCGGCAUCGCUGCAUUCCCUCAAUCAUUCGCAGAACAAGAAGAGGAUUCAAAGAAAUUCAUUCCGACCCUCUAAGCAACGAGCAAGAAUGGUGGGCUUUGGUAUCACAAAGUUACAUCUCUUAAUUUUGUGGAGUUUGAAAGCUUCUAAACGAGGCUUUUACAAUGGGUGGUUAUGAAAAGGUUAAGAGGGUAUACCCAUAGAGCGGGUUCCUUUUUCUUGUCUAAUGUAGAUACCCUUUACUGUUAUCAAGUUGGAUUUGUUCUUUUAGUCCGGCUUGUUUGUGCGUUACCUCAUUGCUGAAACGUAGGCCUUUUACCCAAUAACAUCUCCAUAUCGCGCACUAGAGCUCAAUAGUCAGUGUACAGCCUCCUUUAAUGUAACAGACGCGGCUUUUUUUAUAAAAAAAUCAG